AUGCCCCCAGUCCCUCUGCCAAGGACAUCAGUAGUGUCCAGGCCCACCAUAGCCCCCCAGGAAGCUCAGAAUGGAGCAGCGAAUGCUGCCUGUAAAGCAGGUAAGAGACCGUCUCUUAACUUUGCAGCCCCUACUGGGUGCACCUCAGCAGCGGAGGAUGGGGCCUACACUGUGCGCCCCAGUUCAGGGCCUCAUGGCUCCCAGGCCUUCACCCUGGCAGUGCUCCUGAGAGGCCGUGUCUUCAACAUUCCUAUCCGGUGGCUGGAUGGCAGGCACCAGUAUGCCCUGGGCCGGGAGGGCAGGAACCAUGAGGAGCUGUUCUCCUCCGUGGCCGCCAUGGUCCAGCACUACAUGCAGCAUCCCCUGCCCCUUGUGGACAGACACAGCGGCAGCCGGGGGCUCACCUGUCUGCUCUUCCCUACCAAGCCCUGAUGCCUCAGAGAUGUACACAACUGCCUU